UAGACGAUCCUUCUUCUUCUUCUUCUUCUUCUCUCUUCAUCAUAUCGUCAUCGUCUCGAAAAAAAUGGCGAGAGCCUUCUCUCUGUCUCUGGCGCUGGCUUUCCUCUUCGCCGGAAUAGUAUCGGCGCGUGACUGGAACAUCCUCAACCAGCUGAGGCUGAGGGCCCAAAACGACGCCGUGGAGACAGCCGGCGGCGAAAACGGCGGCUUAUCGGCGUCGAGCCUGAAGGGGUACUGCGAGAGCUGGAGGAUCAACGUGGAGAUGCACAACAUAAGGGACUUCGUGGUGGUCCCGCAGGAGUGCGUGGCGCACGUCAAGAGGUACAUGACGUCAUCUCAGUACGAGGAUGACGUGGAGAGAGCGGUGGACGAGGUCGCCCUCUAUCUCGCGAGCUCAUGCUGCAGCAAGAAACAGUGCGACGGCAUGGACGCAUGGGUCUUCGACGUCGACGACACUCUCCUCUCCACCAUCCCUUACCACAAGUCAAACGGCUUCUUCGGAGGGGAGGUGCUGAACGCGACGAAGUUCGAGGAGUGGAUGGGGAAGAGCAAAGCGCCGGCAGUGCCGCACAUGAAGAGGCUGUACCAUGAGAUCAGGAAGAGGGGAAUCAAGAUUUUCUUGGUCUCUUCCAGGAAAGAGUAUCUCAGAUCCGCCACCGUCGACAAUCUCAUACAGCAAGGUUACUACGGCUGGUCCAACCUCCUCCUCAGGGGAUUAGAAGACGAGAAGAAGCAAGUGAGGCAAUACAAGGCAGAGAUGAGGACAUGGCUGGCGAGCCAAGGCUACAGAAUAUGGGGAGUGAUGGGUGACCAAUGGAACAGCUUCGCAGGUUGUCCUUCUCCUAAGAGGACCUUCAAGCUCCCGAACUCAAUCUACUACGUUGCCUAAUCCCAUUACAAAUUCAGAACUCCACUUUACUAUUACUAUUACUAUUAUUAUUAUUAUCCAUCCCCAUAUGGUUGUUCUUGUUGGCGAUGUAAUUUCAAAGUUUAACUCUUUCUUUUUUGGAUCCUCUUUGCGUGAUCUGGGGCUGUCACAAAAAUUGUGGGGACUUUUUUUUUUUUUUUGGUAUUCGGACCUUUUCUAAAUAAGAAACUCUGAUUUUGCUCUC